UUUGAUUUAUCUUCCUUCAUUCCCGUCUCCUUUUCCAUUCCCCUCAUCGUUCUUUUGUCUUUGGCUGAUCGCACCAUCUUUUGAGCUUCAGAAUCUUUCAGUGUUUUGCAGCAGAAACAGUCCUGAGCAAUACGUAGGAGCUUUACUUAAAUAACCUCUGAGCCAACCCUCAGAUGAGGCGGUGUAGACUCUUGUUCUACGCCUGUGGCUGUUUUACACAAUAAAACAAUGUUUCGGACAUGAUUCUCGGGAGCAGCAGGAAAUGCAUGAUGUCAGUGUUUAGUGUGGGAAGGAUCCCAAAUGCUACAGGACUGGAGUUUCAUUCCUGUUUCUGAGUGGUCAGGCUACAAGCUGGAGUUUCACAAUGUUGAUUUAGACACAAAAGCCGUUCGCUUGGCUGCCUGUGCGGAAGAGAAGGGCUCUGAGCCAGGACUCCAUUCACCAUGUCGCUCUCCGUGCGACCUGCACGCCGCACUUUCUUCACUGGAAUUACUAGGAGUCAUUCGUUUGGUGGAGUCAAUUCACCACAGGACAAAGCAUUCAGAAAGCUGAAGGUGUUCAGCACACCAACCACACAGCGGAGAUCCCCCUCUCGAGCCGGCAAGAUGUUCAACAUUUCUCACAAAUCACUGCCUCCCAAGUACCCUCAGCCUGAGCGGUUGGAUGAGGUGUAUGAAGCCUUGAAAAAGGGGCUAAACGCAUACUUGCAAGUUCAUCAGUUGGAACUGGACAAUUUAACUGCUCAGCUCAAAGAUAUGAAAAGGAAUUCCAGACUGGGAUUUCUAUAUGACCUUGACAAGCAAAUCAAGUCGAUUGAAAGGUUUGUCCGUCGGUUGGAAUUUCAUGUCAGUAAGAUUGAUGAACUGUAUGAAUCUUACUGCAUUCAACGAAGGUUGCGGGAUGGAGCCAACAACAUGGUGCGGGCCUACACCACAUCGCAAACCAGCAAAGAGGCAAGGGAGAGCUUGGCUGAAGCGAACAAAGGCUACAAAGAAUACACAGAGAGUAUGUGUACGAUGGAGAGCGACUUGGAAAACCAAUUAGGAGAAUUCCAUGUCAAAAUGAAAGGACUUGCAGGCUUUGCACGUCUCUGUCCCGGAGAUCAGUACGAGAUAUUUAUGAAAUACGGUCGCCAGAGGUGGAAGUUGAAAGGUCGCAUUGAAGCUAAUGGGAAGCAAGUGUGGGAUAGUGAGGAGAUGGUCCUCCAGCCUCUGGUUACGGAGUUCCUCUCAAUCAAGGUGACAGAGUUGAAAAGCCUGGCAAAUCACGUCAUCGUUGGCAACGUCUCGUGUGAAACAAAGGAUUUGUUCGCAGCCUUGCCCCAGUCUGUCGCUGUGGACAUCAAUGACUUGGGAACUAUUAAACUUAGCCUGGAGGUCAUCUGGAAUCCAUUUGAUAAAGACGAUCAAACAUCUGCUGCAAGCACGGUUAACAAGGUGGCCACAGUAAACAAGCGAUUUUCCACUUACAACCAGAGUCCACCAGAUACCCCAUCCUUGCGGGAACAAGCCUUUUACAACAUGCUGCGGAGACAGGAAGACCUGGAGAACGGCGCCGCCUGGUCCAUCUCCUCCGAUUCUUCCGACGGUUCUUCCAGCCCGCAGUUGUCAACAAGCGUCAGGCAUUCACCCAAGACGCUGGUGCAGCCUGAAAUUCAGGGAACGGUGCCCAGGAUCACCAUAACGUUAGCACAUGCCGAUGAACCACAGGCGGAGAGUGCUGAGGCCAACAGGCACUCGGUGGAAGAGGAAAUCGUGGUAGAGCCGGAGCACGUAAUGUGGAAUGGGAACAUGCCGAUUUCAAGAACUCUCAGCAAUAUCAGUGAAGCGAGUGUGGACGUGGUGAUGGACUCGAAUGCCCUGCUGAGCACAGAGCCAGAGGUACAGGUGGUUGCCGCCAUGAGUUUCGCAGCCUCACCACCAAUGCCCGCAACCGAGCCCACUCCGCCUGUGCCUGAGCAGAGCAUUGAUGCCGUGCUACAGUCGGAGGCUCCACUGCUCACGGCAGAAACCCCUGAAGUCCCUUCCUGUGGUCUACAAGCGGAAGCGGCUACCACUGACGUGGCAGCUCAGAGCUCUGCCUCCAUAGAGGAGAAUAGCAAACUGAGCGAGGAGAAGACUGAGCCAGCAGAGCCGGCCAAAGUGAAGCCGGCGGACCCAGGCAUCGAGGAAGCCUUGAUGAUGUUAAAUUCCACACUUGAUGAUUACCGCGGCCAAUUCCCUGAGCUCCAGAAACUGGAGAUGGAGGUCAAGCAUUUGGAAGAAGUUCUAUUGCAACGGCAGGGUGUGAACAGAAGCAGAGCCUCGAGCUUCAGCCUGACGGUCGAACACGCACUGGAGAGCUUUGACUUCCUCAACACGUCCGACAUGGAGGACUCCGAGUUCUCAGAAGACGAGGCUGAGAGGACUGGAAGGCACGGCGGGAGUGGCCGUGGGCUUCCCACCGGAAUCAGCGAGGCACUAACGGAGGAUACAGGAGUCGGCAGCGGCUCGGAAGGAAGUCCAGUUCCAAUGACAACAGGGAGUGAAUACUUGGACCAGGUUCUCACUCUGCACCUGAACACCUGCAACAAGCUGCUGCUGCAACUGGGUAUCUACGGACCUCUACGAUGUCGAGAGAUCUAUGCACUGGACAAGCUUUUGAGAGAAGCCCGCACUCUAGAAGUGAUCUCUGGACUAAGCAAGGACAAAUCCGGGUACAUAAGCACUGCCGAAGAGGUCAUGCCACUGCUGAAAGAUAAAACGGUGUUCUCCUUCUGGACACACUGUACCGAGAGCCCAAACCUCUACAGCACCACGGUGGAGAGGGUCUUGGAGAAGCUGAACUUGAGUUUUGGGAGCAGAGUGAAUGAGCAGUACUCGGGUCCAGCCGAAACAGUUUUUGUCAAACUAGUGGAAAGGAUCUUGGACCGAACGUUGCCAAAACGUGCCCGGAGUGGAAGUGCGGAACUGCUGACGAUCUUCCAGUACUUGGGUCACAUUGAGGAACAGAAUGUGCCCUCCUUACCGUCAUAUAUCAUGGAGCUGGCAGAGGAAGUGUUCCUGGUGCAGAAUCUGCAGUCGUGUGAUAAGGACGUGGUGCUGAAGACCCUGAAGCAUCUCUCGGGUUCUCAGCUGCAGAAGGAUGGGCUGAAAGCAAUAGGGCUUCUCCUGCUGGAAAACAACACCAAGAUCUGCAACACUGCUGCUUCCUUGCUGAGGAACCUGGCAGAAGACUCCAAGUUACGCGAGAAGGCCUUGGUUUGUUACCUGGAGCUGCUGGAGAAUGAGGAUGGACAGCUGAGGAAAGUAGGCUGCACUGCACUUGCACAUCUCAAGGCCAAAGAGAGCAUGGAUCAAUUAGUCUACCUUUGUCAGACUGACAAAGACGUUCGUGAUGUUGCAAAACAGACCCUAUUUUCCUUUGGUGAUGAAGGUAAAAUUGCCUAUCGACAGAUGGAAGAAUCUUUGGACGGCAUGCAGAGGCUUUUGGGUUCUGUCAGCAUGGCUAGUACAGCUUUCUGAAACAAAGGGUCUGCCUCAACUUUAACAGAGAAAUGGCCCACUUCCCACUGAAGAGAGUUUCUGAAGAAAUGUGACUUUUGUUGUCAAAGCGUCAAGUAAUCUAAAGGUUGAGCUGCUUCGGAGUUGAUUUUUGCAACAUGCAGCAGCACUCGUUCACUGUUUGUAGGUUUGGGAGUGGGGCUCGAAAGGCGCCAUACUGGACUAUUGCUUUCAGCAAUACCACUUUCUAGGGAUGGUUACAUCACAAUGCCAGUAUUUCACACGAAUGCACAUGUCUUGACUAAAAAGCCAAAAGCCUAACUUAGGAGAAGGCCUCCCUGUAAAAAGAAUCUACAGCCAAAUUUAGGACAGUUUGUGAAAAUGCACUUUGAACGAUGGAAGGUGUGAGUGAACCAUGGGACAUGGGACCAGUGGACCUUGAUGGAAAGAUGGUCCUAGACAGAUGUCUCCAAAAGCCACAGCUAAAUAUUUACAGUUUUGCAUGUCGUGCUGCUCUGAGGCAGAAAAGAAACGUGCAAUGUCACGUCCAAGUGCCUGGUGUUACAUUGAGGAGCAUACAAGUAUUCUGUGUACAAUAGUUUUUUUUUAUUUAAUAUUGACUUAAUUUGCAGUAAAGGAGAAACUGCAAAAGCUUCAAAUUUGUUAACCUGUUAUAUUAUUUUCCAGAUGGUGCAGUAAAGUUUCAAAAGAUAUACUUUGAUUUUCUAUAUAAAUGUAUUAUGUAAGUAAGAGUGAAUUGUGGAUCACAAAUAAAACUUCAUUAAAUACAAUGUUGUAUUAUACUACCAAAAAAAAACGUAAUUUUGUCAUUUGUUUUAAAAAAUAUGUAUAAAAGUACAGCUUUUGUUGCUUUAGUUUAGUUUAUUGUCACGUGUACUGAGGUACAGUGAAAAGCUUUUGUUGUGUGCUAACCAGUCAGCAGAAAGACAAUACAUGAUUACUACCGAGCCAUCCACUGUGUACAGAUACAUGAUAAAGAGAAUAACAUUUAGUGCUGCUGAUCCACUUCUGUGACCUGCACACAAGAGUCGCCUGGCUUGGGGGCCUGUUUUGCUGCUCAAUAUUUAUAUCAUGCAAAUCUAGUCCAUGGGAAUUUAAGAAAGGUUUGCAUAUAUUUUUCUCAUAUGCUGAUUUACCUUGCAGAUGGACACAAAAUGCUGGAGUAACUCAGCUGGAUAGACAGCAUCUCUAGAUAGAAGGAAUAGACAAAAGGACUUUCCUGCUGAGUUACUCCAGUAUUUUGAGUCUAUCCUUUUUUAAUGGUGUUGGCUAAAGGAAAUUUGUUAGCUGUGGGAAUGUGAAUUAAUACAUUCAAUCAAAGAUAAUCUUGAA